AUGACCAUUUUGCCAUCGAUUAUGAGCACCUCACAUCUGGCACAAGGCCAUGUUUACCACACCGCGUCUAUGCCACCUCGAAGCCGGACCUUGUCCCCGCCAGGGCUUCCCAGACACCCUUCACUGGAGCUCUCGACACGCUCGCGAACAAGGACCGAGUGGUUGGAGGCGCAUCACGCAAAGAGUUCAGGCGAGAUCCGGAACAUUCACGUGCUCGGGAUCAUCAACGGCAACCUGGUCGUCAGCUUCCAGGGCUCAGGUCGUGUCCGCGUCUUCGUCAACAACGAGCAUAGUCUCGAGCUUCCGGAGACCAACAGACUUGGCUCCACCUCCCCUUUCGGCGUCGACUGGACCAAGAAGUACAGCAAAUACGUCAUCAACAGCCGCGGCUUGCGCUUUGCGGAGUUUGUCUUGAAGGCGUUGCCCGCCCAGAUCCUGGUGGUUGGAGAGACGGCCUCCUCCGACGAGAAGCUCAUACCGGCAGCCAAGCCCAUCAUGGAGGCUCGAACAACUUGUCGUGUUUUGGUGAGCGGCCACGUGACGAAGCAGCGGCAAUUCCUCUCCAAUCUCGGAGCCCCUCGCCACCCUGUCGGGGUUGCCUGGAACGGCUCACCGGGGAACAUGAGCCUUGCAGAAGGCACCGGGUGUGUGCCCAUGCGGAACAGCACGGUGAAGCUCACACCCAUGCAGGAGAGCAUGCACUACCAGAAGCUCAAUGCCUCGCAGAAGAGCUUCUUCGGAACCGAUUGA